AUGCAGCGCCUUUCCAGGCCUUGGAGGCCCGGCGGCCAAGGUCCAGGGGAGCACGGGGGCGGGGGCAUUGAGCAGCUCAACGGUGCCAUCUUAUGUACCCGCCCCCACCCCUCGGGCCACCGUCGUCGGGCAAAAGCCUGCUUGAUCUUUGCAGGAGAACUGAAGACAGCACUCCUGACUGGCCCCAGUGCGGGGCUGGGGACCGCCUUUCUGCUCCUCAGAUGUGAACAACCAGUGUUCCAUGCUGAGACACGGCUCCCUGUGAACGAGAGUAUUCAGUUUUCUCACAUUAAUGGUGUGAAAGUCAUAGCACAGGAACCCAGGUCCUGUCCCGAGCGCGGUGGCUGCACCGAACUCUCAGCAUCAUUCACGGCCUCCCUGACCGAGUGGGCAGAGGCGGCCGGGUCAGCCCCAGCUCCUGCUUGGCGCCGGGAGGCCUGGGGACAAACACCUCAGCCCCGCACACUCCUUUGUCCUUGUCACCCACACGAGUCCAGAGUCCCUUCCUCCAGCCGGGGUCAUAUCCGGCCCCGGGCAGCCCUCCCGCCUCGGCCUGUGAAACUGAACCUGCUCUCCAAGCCCCGGCCGAAGCCUGGAGUUUUCCUCUCGCCUGGUGCAGAAACCGUGGGUGGAAGCAGCGGAGACCAGGAACCACAGCUGCCCCGCGAGGGGCCGAGUGUGCGGCCCUGGCCCUGCAGUGCGGGGGCGCACGCGCCCCGGGGUCUGCCCGAGCCUGAGGGUGGGUGUGAACGCCGUCCGGGGUUGUGCCUGAACCGUCACAGUGACACGCCCCUAGCAGGUAAAAUAGCAGGUCCUGGCCGCCAGGAGAACGGCUCAGGCGGUGACCGGGACCCGAGGGCCCUCGGUCCGCCUGCGGCCCCCGGCGGGCGGACUCCUGAGCCCCGGGAAAUGGAAACGCCUGUCUGCUUUCCAGAUCCCCGGCGGCGGCGGCCGGCGACCGCUUCCCCCUGCCUCCGGCCCGGCCCGGCGCCUGGGACUCAGACGGGGAAGAACUUCUUUCCAGGGCAGAAGCCCACAGCGGCCUGCAAAGAAAGCUUUCCCGUGGGCGGGCCCUGCCCCAGUUCACAUUUCCUACAGAACGUGCAGCCAGGGUCGCGGCUGGUUCGUCCCGGCUGGUUCUCCACCCACGUGCCCCCCGAGAGGCUUAUGUCCCGGGAAUGUUGGCUGUGGCCUUCUGCUAAACCUGCAGCAGCCCUCCCUCACAUUCCAGGGCUGGGAAAUUAG